CAUCCACGGAGCUGGGCUAUAACGUCAUCGGGCCACGACGUACGUCAUCAUUAGGCGACGCCCAGUUUCAUUUUGUAAACAUUGGGGAGUCGCAGGAGAACGUGAAGGGAAAAUCAUGGAUAAUCUCGUGAAGGUGCACGGCGGUGGUGGCUAUGACUCUGACUUCAGCGAUGAUGACGCACAGGGUGAAUCUUCAAACAGAGGCGUUAAAAGAAAAAGCGAGGAGGAAAUCUUGCAGAAGCCGUUCCAGAAAGGUCGCCACUCCCAGGUGGCUCAUCGGAGUUCACACUCAAAUGAGCUGGACAGAGAGGAAGCUAAGAACAGGAGAGCCCACCUGAUAUCACUGAAUGCUUUUGAAAGACAUAAGAAGUUUGUUGGCGACUACAUUCUUUAUUAUGGCGGACAGAUGGCCGACUUCAGACGCUCUGGUGCUAAAGACAAAACAGACUUUGACGUGCUGCGUGAGAAUCACCGCUUCCUGUGGAGGGAUGAGGAUGAGGAUGACAUGACAUGGGAAAAAGAACUCGCCAAGAAGUAUUAUGACAAGCUGUUUAAAGAGUACUGCAUCGCUGAUCUCAGCAGGUACAAGGAAAAUAAGUUUGGAUUUCGUUGGCGGACUGAGAAUGAAGUUGUCUCUGGAAAAGGUCAGUUCCAGUGUGGAAACAAACGCUGUGAGAAGCAGGAAGGCCUGAAAAGCUGGGAGGUGAAUUUUGCCUACGUGGAAUGCAGCGAGAAGAGGAAUGCGCUCGUCAAACUCAGACUCUGCCCUGAAUGCUCUUUCAAACUCAACUAUCAUCACAAGAGGAAGGAGGUGAAAGCCAAGAAAAAGACUAAAAGGUUACUGGAGGAGAACCAGGAGCCACCACAGAAGAAGAGGAAGACGAGUGGGAAGAAGAGAUCGUCCUCACAUUCCAAGAAGCAUAAAGACAAGAGGCACAGAGAUCGCUCCACCUCCUCCAGCAGCUCAGAGGAGUCGCUGAACUCGGACAAAGACUCUGAAGCUGAGGAUAAACCAGAGGACCAAUCGGACGCUGAACACUGGCGAGGACCCGCCCCCGCAGUUGAGGAAAAGUCAAGGGAGGAGGAGUUUGACGAGUACUUCGAAGACAUGUUCCUCUGACUCCACCGGCAUCAGCUGCAAACCCUGCCGCGACUGCAUUUCCUCCCACACUCUGCUCUGUUCUGUCUUGUGUACGAGUUGUUGUUCUUUGUCUGCAUACACAGAAAUAAAC